AUGGCCAGACGAAACGACGGACAUAGGAGUUGGAAGAGACAAACUAAACACUGUUGUGCGAUAUGUUCCGAUAAAGCAAGUGGUAAACAUUAUGGGGUUUACAGUUGUGAGGGUUGUAAAGGCUUCUUCAAACGUACAAUCAGAAAAGACAUGAAGUACAAAUGCAAAGAGACAAGUAAUUGUCUGAUAGACAAACGUCAUCGGAAUCGUUGUCAAUCGUGUCGUUUUGAGAAAUGUAUGAAGAUGGGUAUGAGGAAAGAAGCUGUUCAAGAAGAGCGAAACGCUACACCUCCCACGGUAGCUGAGGUGAUAACAGUGCCUAUGCCACCAAUAAUUGAUACUAAAGCAUCUACAUCCAAAUGUCAGGAAUAUGAAGAUUUGAAACCAGAAGAAAGCAUCAGCAUAGGUGAAUUGCCUGGGAGUUAUCAUAGACAGAGACUAAUGGAUUUCGCUUUUCAAAUUCCUGCAUUUCAACAAUUACCAAACAAGGACCAAUCCGUUCUUAUCUAUAAUGCUUACUGCGAGCUUAUCAUUUGUGAUCUUGCUCUCGAUCUGUAUUUCGAUGCUGAUCAAUGUUUCCCAAGUAGGUAUUCAUCUGGUUUCUAUAGAAAGUUGUGCGUGUUUGUGGAUAAACUGGGAGACUUAUCAAUCGAUAAGAUGAUGAUGGGAGCAAUAAAACUUAUUUUCUUACUUGAUCAUGAAGCUCCCAAUAUAAAACAGCACCAUAUUGUUGAGGAAAAACGAGAAAAGGUCUACAACUGCUUGCUCGAUCACUGUUUAACCGAAAGCCCGAAAGAUCCAGGAUUGUUCACGCAACUUCUCUUGAGGAUAUCAACCAUCCGAUCAAUGGCUAGUGAACAUGAAGAUGAUAUAUAUAAGUUCUGUGGCAAACCCAUGAUUGAAGACUUCCUAAUAAGCUGCAACAACUUGUACGAGGAUCAAUUAUGA